AUGUCUGAAUUCUUCCUCCCCAAUGCGAAUGUGGGCGAUCGCACGCGAGCAGAGGACUUCCGCAUUCGCGGCAUGACCCCUCUGACACCACCUGACCUCCUCCAACACGAAAUCCGACAAUCUGAGAAGUCGAAAGAAACGGUUCUAGCAGGACGCAACGAUGCCACGGAUGUGGUUCAAGGGACGGAUGCCAACCGCAGAUUACUUGUAGUCGUUGGGCCAUGCAGUAUACACGACCCCGACAUGGCGCUGGAAUACUGCGACCGCCUGCUGGAAUUGAAGAAGAAAUACGAGGACGAUCUGGUGAUUGUGAUGCGAAGCUACCUGGAGAAGCCCAGAACGACGGUCGGCUGGAAAGGGCUGGUCAACGAUCCGGAUAUCGACAACACCUUCAACAUCAACAAAGGACUUCGCACUGCUCGACAGAUGUUCCUCGAUCUUACUGAGAAGGGUAUGCCUCUGGCAUCUGAGAUGCUCGACACCAUCUCUCCCCAGUUCACUGCAGACCUGCUGUCUGUAGGAGCCAUUGGCGCCCGCACGACUGAGAGCCAGAUCCACCGCGAGCUAGCAUCCGGUCUCAGUUUCCCAAUCGGCUUCAAGAACGGGACGGAUGGUACUCUGGACGUCGCUAUUGAUGCCAUCGGCGCAGUAAAGCACCCCCAUCACUUCCUUUCUGUCCAGAAAUCCGGCAACGUUGCAAUCGUAGGAACGGUAGGCAACGACGACUGCUUCGUCAUCCUGCGAGGCGGUAAGAAGGGCACGAACUUCGAUGCGAAAUCCAUCGCAGAGUCAAAAUCCGCACUGGAAGCGAAAGGCCUCCGCGCACGUCUCAUGGUCGACUGCUCGCACGGCAACAGCGAGAAGCAGCAUAAGAACCAAUCAAAGGUCGCGCACGAGCUGGCGAAGCAGCUCCAAGACGGCGAGGAUGGAAUUAUGGGCUGUAUGAUUGAGAGCAACAUUCACGAAGGCAAUCAGAAGGUGCCGAAGGAGGGUAAAGCGGGGCUCAAGUAUGGUGUCUCGAUCACGGAUGCUUGUAUUUCGUGGGAGGAUACGGAGGUUGUGCUGAAGGAGUUGGCGGAGGCGGUAGCGGCGAGGAGGCAGAAGCUGGGUAAGGUGGAGAAGGGUAAGGCGAACGGGGUGGCGGAGAAUGGGGUCAAUGGGCAUGCGUGA